GCGGCGUCGCUCUGGCGACCAGUCUCUGAUCUCGGAAGUCUGAUCCAAUCAACCGGCGACCGUUGGUAGAUCCUUAUUGCUGAGCGACUUUCGCUGAUUUGUUAACGCAUAAUCUAUAACUAUGAUGACUGUACCACCGGAUACCUAUCAGAUAUCAUUGAACAUCAUAGAGGCGAUCAAACAACAUCCAGUGCUCUAUUGUACCGAGGUGAAGGGUGUGCCAGUGAAGCUGCAUGACUUCAAACAAAAAGUCUGGAAACACAUCUCAGACGAGCUUGGAUUGGAUCCUACUUGGGUUAGACUGAGAUGGAAGAACCUUAGAGAUACUUACUGUCGUAUCUUGAAGUGCAAGAGUAAGACAGAAGAAGGCGUAAGAAGAAAAAAAUGGAUCUUCGAGGAUUCUUUGAGCUUCGUAAAAUAUCCGUGUGAAGUGGACUAUCAGCCACAGUGUGUAGAAUUAACCAAGGAAUACAUACAACAGAUAAAUUCGAGUGAUGUAAGUGCCGAAGGUUUACUGGAGCAAUUAGAAGACCGAAAUAAUGAAGACUAUACCGAAUACCUGGAAGUUCUUGAAGAGACAUCAGCUGACCCAGUUGUAAUGGAAACUGAGACGAUAGAAACGUUGGACAAUAUUAAUGUAGAGAUAGCUGCUCAAGAGGAAGUGGCGAAUGAACAAGAUAUGGAUAUGGACAACUACAUUCAGCGAAUACAGUCAAAGUACCGAAAGAUACGUCCGAAACGAUUGAAGACCGAACAUCCUUCCUCCCUGAAAACAUCUAGCACUAAUAAAAUAAAAAAAUCUUCCUUGAAGAUAAAUAAAAAUAAUGUGAAUGUAAAUAAUAAUACAGUGGCUAAUCCAGUUGCUAAUACAGUGGCUGUUCUUGAGAAAAAUUUACCACCUAGCACAUCAAUUACGCUUGUGAAAGAAUCAAACAGUAUAAAAAACAAUGACACUAACAAACAAGUUCAUUUAGCAUCCGAGAGUAAGAGUAUAGAAUUAUUUUUCGACAGCAUGGCACAGGCAGUGAAAAAACUACCACCUAAAGCGCAAGCAGAUAUUAAGAUGCAUAUCUGCAAACUCGUUACGGAGGCAGAGGUGCAGUAUUCUGGUCUCAAUACAACACAGAGCACGCAACAAUUCAUAGCACCACCCGGCAUGAUACCUAAGCUAAUAUUAAUACCUUGUAAUAUGUUAGAUAAUCAAAAUGGUAAAAAUUGAUCCAUUUAUAUUGUGUAUAUGCUGAAUAAUGUUAUCGGAUUUGCUAUAAAAUUAAUGCAAUUAUAUUUUAUUUUAACAAUUUACAUUUGACAUUUGCUAUGUCCUCGCGUAAUGUUUCUAAUAUAAAAUUAAAAAAAAUAUAUAUAUGUAAA